GCAGGAGUGGCAGCAGCUCUGUCUUUCUGAAGACAUUUGUGGCAUGAAACGGGAUCACAUACGCCUUUUAUUCAUCACCUCCUCCUCCUUCGUCUCCUUCCACCACUCUCUAGUCAGGAACUCUCACCUCAGCUCCACCGCAUUGAUGAGGUAACGUCAAGCUCUACGCAGCGCAGCACCCACCUGCACAAACACCACCCUCCCCCCUUUCCUUCCCCUCCUUCUGUCAACCUUUCCAUCGCAGCAAUGGGGCAGAAGAUCUCUGGGGGCAUCAAAUCGGUAGAUGGUCGCGGGGAAAGCGGUGGCUCCCCAUCCUACCGGCCUUCAGCGCACCGCCGGCAGCACCCAGAACUGAGGGGCCCAGAUUUCGCCAAACCUCCCCGGUUGGAUCUCUUACUGGACAUGCCAUGCGCUGGACUGGAGACGCAGCUCCGUCACGCAUGGAACCCUGACGACCGCUCGCUCAACAUCUUCAUAAAGGAAGAUGAUAAACUAACAUUUCACCGCCACCCGGUCGCUCAGAGUACGGACUGCAUCCGGGGGCGGGUCGGAUACACAAGGGGUCUGCACGUGUGGAAGAUCCACUGGCCCUCCCGGCAGCGUGGCACCCAUGCUGUAGUUGGGGUGGCGACCUCAGAAGCUGCUUUACAUUCUGUUGGCUACACGGCAUUGGUGGGGUCGGACACUGAAUCCUGGGGCUGGGAUCUGGGACGCAACAGGCUCUACCACGACAGUAAGAACAGGGCCCACAGCUCGCUGCCCACCUACCCUUGUUUCCUGGAGCCGGAGGAGUCGUUCAACCUGCCGGACUCCCUGCUAGUGAUUCUUGACAUGGACGAAGGGACACUUAGCUUCAUGGUGGAUGGACAGUAUCUAGGAGUCGCAUUUAGAGGACUGAAAGGCAAGAAGCUGUAUCCCGUCGUCAGCGCUGUGUGGGGACAUUGUGAGAUAGCCAUGAAAUACAUCAACGGCCUGGAUCCUGAGCCUCUCCCUCUGAUGGACCUGUGUCGGCGUGCGGCCCGCCUGGCGUUGGGUCGUGAGCGGCUUCAGGAGAUCGAGAGCCUCCCUCUGCCCCAGUCCCUGAAAAAUUACCUCCAAUACCAGUGACUGACACCAGCAGAGCCAACUGGGAGUACAAGGACACACACACCACACCACCAGAAAGUCUCAAGCUGGAUGGUUAUAAGAAAUUAAUUAAAGGAUGCAAAGAGUGGGAUGAUGGAUGGGAGCAUGUCCACACUGAGAGUGCCAUGGCUCUACAAAAGAAAGAAGAUAAAGAUGGUGGAUGAACUGACCGAGUAGGUCCAGGAUUUUCAAACAAAGACAGCACCAGCUUCUUUUGGAUUUCGAGCUGCUUUUCCAUUUGUUUUUGACUUGAAAUAAAUUAUUGAUGAUGGCAUCCCAUCAGUGGGUGAUGCUCAUCCAGACAAAAAAAAUCCAGUGUGGUAAAAAGGUGACAGUGUUCAGGUGAAUACCGCCACCUAGUGAUGAGAAUUAAAACUGCGCCGAGAAAGCACACCAAUCCUUCCCUGGAGGCCUUUCUGACACACAGUCAGAGACCAUAUCGUUGCUUUUGGAUACCAUAGUACAUAUUCAUGGUCUCUAGUGGCAUAGGUGACAGGCUGCCGAGCCCACACGUCCAAGAGGAUUUUAGCACUAGUGUUGUUUUUAUCUGACUGACUCGGGGCCCGACCAAAAGCUCACAUUGCAUACAGAGUAUACCGAACACAUGGCUGUUAGGUGUAUGCAAAGGUUAGCGAAAAGAAAUAAGCACGCAGAACAUAUCUCCUGGCUUCAUGCAGACAUCUGAUCACAGCAAAGCCCUUUUCAGACAUGAAAUAAGUAACAUCUCUCAGUUAAAGUGAUGGCUUACGGAUCUAUUUAAAACGCUGGCCUCAUGUAGUGUACACAACAUGUCUAGUGUACACAAUUAAAAAAAUGUAUUUUGCUCUUCAGGUCUUCAGUAAUGCCAUUGAUCAUUAUGUUCCGGAUAUUAAUUAUUUAAUCCACACGAUUAGCCUAAAUGUAAAUUAAUUAGAGUUUGGUUAUUGUAAAUAUUUGUGAUAAAAGUAAUUUUUUUAUCCCUAUUCGCACAGCUCCAACAUUAUCAGUUGACCUCUGUGUUGGGGGAUAUAUUGUAGGUAAUUUACAGUGAAAUUUUUAUUUGACAAAUUCUAGACAUGGUUUUUAACUUCUAAUAGAAAAUGUGCUUUGUAGGACCCCAUCAAUCAUAGUGAAAUACUAAAUGAGAAAAUACUUUUUAAGGGCCUUUAAUAAGGGAACGAGACGUUCUUUUAUCAUUUUAUGUGCAGAAUUUGUGCUGCUCUGGCCUUUAAGAUAAUGCGAUGAUAUCAAAUUAAACUUAAGUGGUGUGGGAAGAGAAAAUACUACUUACAAUGUCUGACUUAUUAGAAAUGUCAUCCAACAGUCAUCCAAGUUUCUUGUCUGAAAAGGGCUUUAUCGCCUACACAAACAGGACAAAGCUGCUUGCUGUUUACAGUGUUAAGCUGCACUGGGAUCACUCCUCACAGGACAACUAAAUCAUGUAUUAUGAUGUCAAUCACAACCAAAGUAUUUCAGACCGAGUAAGCCAUGGAGUGUGUAAAUGUUUCUGUAGGUCGCGGCCAGUCGAAGGGUAACUUGUGCUAACAUGCUGUUGGCAGAAAGGAGAGGCUCACCUGCUGUUGUAGCACCCUGCUGUAGCUUACUGGUACCAGACAUUACUGUCUGCUGUCCGCACAACUGUCUUAAUGACCACAAACAAACAAAGCAAACAGGAGCAGAGCAGAUCUAGUCUCUGGAUCUCUAAUAAAGGCCAGAGCAGGAUGUUGGAACAUAACUGCUACUGCAGCGGCAGGGCAGAUGUGUUUUUUUGGCACAGAAUAGGAUGCAGAUGAUCAUAUAUCACACACACACACACACACACACACACACACACACACACACACACACACACACACACACACACAC